AUGGGAAGCGGAUUGGGAUACGCAGGAAUUAAAAUCGAAUCGCGGUACCUCAUACCGGAGUCGGGUUUUCCAUUCCAAAAUCUAUCUCGUGCGCAAUACCCUCAAGCUGGCCGUCUGGUGCCCGGCGCAGCGGACAUGGCUGCCAAUGUCGAUCUGGACAAUUCGCAUCUGCUGCCAAGAAACGUAUGCCAGCACUGGCAACGGGCUAUGUAG